AUGGCACCGCCCUCUGGGCCGUCGCCCGGAAUCCACCCUGGUGUCUCCUGGGCAAAUGCUGUCAACACGAACUCUAAGCCUUCUACUGUGGAAAUUCUCUUGCAUCUCCAGCGAGACCACUUCGAUAAACUCAAGACUUCUUCCAAAUCCUCUGUCACUAUUGACUCUGAUCUUUGGGCUAACGCCAGAGAUGCAAUGCAAUCCUCUUUAUAUGCUAAGUUUUUGGGGAAAUCUCUCCCGCUUGACCAAACUAAGCUUGCUCUUGCAGAUACUUGGAGAGGGCUCGGGGCGUUCUCUGUUGCUGAUCUUCCAAAUGGCUACUACUUUAUCAGAUGUGAAUCGCUGGACAUGGUCAACCAUCUUCUCUGGGAUGGCCAUUGGAUGGUGGCGGGUCGCAUUCUUCAACUGGCUCCUUGGAAAGAGUCCUUCCAGCCUGCCUUUGAGAAGCUCUCAAUGGCCGCUGUUUGGAUUCAGAUUUUCCAUCUCCCUAUGGAACUCUGGACUGGUGAUAUCUUAGAAAUGGUGGCCUCUCAGUUUGGUAGGGUUCUCAAAGUUGACGACCAUUCUCUUGAUCGUUCCAGGGCAAAGUUUGCUCGUGUUUGUGUGGAGGUGGACCUCUCCCAGCCUCUGCAACUUGGCACCUGGGUUAAUUAUGGGGAUCAUUCGGUCUUCGUGCUUAUUCUCUAUGAAAAACUGCCUGUGUUUUGCUAUAGGUGUGGUAGAAUCGGUCAUGGUGAGGCCCAUUGUUCUUUCUCCAAUACCCCUCUGCGGUCGGAAGAUCGCCUGCCACCUGAACCAUCGGUUCAAGGGCCGAUGGCGACUCUCCCGACAUGCGAGUUGAUGGGGUUGGAAAGGAGCCGAUGGUAA